AUGGCGCCUGGGCAGCUCAAGUCGGUGGUGUUGGGGCUGGUGGUUGUGCUGCUCUGUGUCUCGACGUCGCCCUCCAGUGCCCAACAAGUGGGCACCAACUGCUCGGACGCCCGCAUUCGUCGCUCCUGGGACUCGUACAACGCGAGCGAGAAGACCCUGUACAAGGAGGCGGUGGGCGUGGCCAUGGACCGAGGCUUCCACCAGAAGUUCAUCCAGGUCCACGUCGACUACCUCUCGGAGAAGGAGGCGCACCAGAACUGCAUGUUCAUCUACUGGCACCGCAUGAUGCUGUUGGGAUACGAGAACAUGCUGCGCAGUCUGGACCCCAAGUACCGCUGUCUGACGCUGCCGUACUGGGACCACCUUACUGGCCGAGCCAAGAGGGCGGCUGGCAAGUGCUCCACCAUGAUGGACUGCACCUCCGUCAUCCCUGACACUGGCGGCAUGGCGGUGGCUUCUUCAAGCAGCAUGAGGAAGAGCUUGCUCAUCUACAACAUGACAGUACCUCGAUCGUCUUCAACCUCGUGCGUGAGCAAACAACCGCUUUCUCACUUCUGCGGCAACAACACUCCGUGUGCCAGCUGCAUCCUCCGCAACAGCUACGGCCCCGCAUACCCGUCCGAAGCCGCCUUCUCGUCCGUCUAUCAGCAGGUUUUCUCCAAUGACGUGUACAACGAUUUCCGCAAUCGUAUCGAGACGGGAGUGCACAACACGAUCCACAGCGUUCUGGGCGGAGUGAUGGCGUAUUUCCAGUCUCCGGCGGACCCGGUGUUCUACAUGCACCACGGGCUCAUUGACCUGUUGCAGGCCAUUUACCUUAAGUGCCAGGUUGGAGCCGAGAACGUUACGUUGUCAGCUACUGACAAGGGCAGCGACCCGCGCUGGUUCAGUGCGUGUGCUAGGAGAACCAAGGGCAGUUACACGCCAUCCGACAACAUCACCAUGCAAGCUUUUGGGUAUGACGGGAAGACGACGGUGAACGUGUGGCAAGACCCCAAGAACAUCCUCUACCAGUUCUUCAAGGAUAUCCCGUACAAGUUCGCGGACUACGUGGACGCCAAGGAUUUGGGGAACUAUAGCUACACUUACGCAAUGAGUGGCGGGCUGGCAACGAUGUACCAGUACUGCAAGGCUUCUAACACGAUCAGCACUGCAUCGACUUUAUUGGCGGACGACAGUGAUAACUACAGAGAACGUGGUGGUGGACCAGAGCAUCUCAAGCCAGUCAUUGAGCCAGGGACGGCUAUUGACGAUACCGUGAGACGCUGGAACAUUGCACUGUUCGAGUCAGCUCGGAUCGUGGGCUACACGGUGACGGCAGCCAGGGAGCAGAUGGAGAUGGUCACGUGUCAGUACCAGGAAGACUGCCUCGGUGGAGUUCAAGACUACACGGACCUGUUCCGAACCAACUUCGACGUGGAUGGCCACCCGCGCUGCUACACGAUCAUGCAGUACUUGAACUCUGGGGAUCGCGUCAUCGGAAUCCCCAAGUGGAAGGAGAUCACUCUGCGCUUCCUGCCCUGCGCGGCCUACAAGAAGAGGUCUCAGACGGCAUUUGAGAAGGCAGUGGAGAAGUACGCGAGCUCGGCGUCGUCGUAAGAGAUGUGAAGUAAGGAGGGGGUUGAGGAGUAGCGGUAUGAAUGUAUGGAACUGUUGAGACUU